AUGACUUCCGUAACACUAAACUGCUUGGUUACUGGAGAAGAUCCUUAUACUAAAUGUUUUUCAGUUGAUAUUAGCACUAGUAGGAAUAUUAAUACUCUUAAGAAAGUUAUCAAUGAUGAUCUUAUAAGUGGCGUAGCGACAAAGGAUCUUAAAUUGUUUCAAGUCGAUGUUCGCCUUGGAAAAACCAGAGACGAGAAUGUCGUUGCGAUGCUUAAAACUGGUGACCUUAAUAUUGGUUUGGAAAUGAAUAACAAUUUACAACAAAUUAGCGAUUAUUUUAGUGCGCAACCACCUACCACAAACUUACACAUUUUAGUGCAACUUCCUACUGUUGCCACCGAAUUUCCCAAUAAGCGAAUAAAAAUUGAUGAUAGAGACCUGUGGAACUUUUGGAAUGCUUUAAGAGCAAAGCAAAUCUCGGCUGAUAACCAAAAGCCUGUUGUUGAUGAAAAUGAAAAUUUCUUCAGACUGCCUCCUAAUAUCCGUUUUUUGGGAAGAAUUGACGAAGUUUCUGUCUUAUUUAUUCGUAAAUGUUAUCGUGAUCUGUCCAAGGUUGUUUUUAACAAUAGAACGAGAAGAUUGGUUAUCACUGGAAAUCCGGGGAUAGGAAAAACGUUUUUUGGCUACUAUAUACUACGUGAGCUCAUGCAAAAAAACGCAACAGUUAUAUAUGACAAAGUUAAAAAGUUUCCGAUUUUAUUCAACGAUCAAACUGCUGUUGUUGGUGAAACUAUAUUUAGUUUUUAUGAUCUUCUAAAUAAACCAGACGUCUGGUAUAUCGUAGACGGUAAAGCACCUCAAGACGUUGAUGCUAAGACAAUUCUUAUCUGUUCGUUCAAGAAGGAUUACUAUGUAGAAUUUGAUAAGAAUUCUUUAACAAAAACACGGUAUAUGUCGACGUGGGACAAAAGAGAGAUUGAUACAUGCUGGGAAGAGAUUUAUAAAAACAAAGUCGAUAAAAAAGUGGUUGAUGCUUUAUUUGAUAAAUAG